CAUAUUGUGAAAAUCUGUAUACUGUAUUUUAUUAAAAUCAUGCUCGGCUGUAAAUAAGUAAACUCAGUCGUGAUCUACCACGAAUGAAAACAGAAAAUUGUGCAAGAUGACGUCCUUAAAGCUGAAAUUCUAUAUGUAAAAUAAUAAUGUAAAGAGAGUAAAUGAACAAGAGGUUUAUCUUUUUCCUGGAGUAAGGUUACCACGAUCUUCAAGAAAGUACAUUGUAGAGGAACCAUGAGAAGCCUAAUAUCUCUCGUUGCUCUGAUAAUGUACUGGUACCAACCUGUCCAAUGUCAACAACGUACUGGAUGUGCGGGGUGCAGGUCCUCUACGAUGGAUAUUUCUACACAUACUCCUAUAGAGGAUGUUACAUCUACCUUAACAGAAAAAACACAAUCAAGUUCGGAGUACGGAACAGUUACUAGCUUGGAUUGUGCCGAAGAUAAUCCUAACAGAGACUCAAAGUGCACAACAACUACUCCAGCUCCAAUAUCCACCAGCAGAACCACAACUCCCCAAACAGUUACUAGCUCGGAUUGUGCCGAAGAUAAUCCUAACAGAGACUCAAAGUGCACAACAACUACUCCAGCUCCAAUAUCCACCAGCAGAACCACAACUCCCCAAACAGUUACUAGCUCGGAUUGUGCCGAAGAUAAUCCUAACAGAGACUCAAAGUGCACAACAACUACUCCAGCUCCAAUAUCCACCAGCAGAACCACAACUCCCCAAACAGUUACUAGCUUGGAUUGUGCCGAAGAUAAUCCUAACAGAGACUCAAAGUGCACAAUAACUACUUCAGCUCCAAUAUCCACCAGCAGAACCACAACUCCCCAAACAACUACUCCAGCUCCUAUGCCCACCACAAACAGCGUAGGCCGUCCGGGCAAUAUUGUUGAUGGACGCAGUGCAGGUGCGCGAACAAUGGCCGAAAUUUUCCCCCUAAUAUCCCUGUUUUCUAUACUUUUAAUUCUUUAAUUAUAUUUCUGAUGUGCAAGAGCAGAUAUUUUAUAGACGUAUUUAUAUUCGUUGUUAUUGUGUGUACAUAGACUC